CCGUCAAAAUACCAAUUUUUGGAACUACCAAUCUUCCACCUUUGGAUCCUUGAUCUUCUUUUUUCUGGGCAAGGGCCAAGGUGGUGUGUUCAUCGACCAUGGCAAUGGUGGUGUACUGGUACGACUUCAUUUGUUUUGGGAUAGUGGCUGCGGCCUUCUGUGGCUCUCUCUGGGUGAUAUGGAAUAAGGAAGGUUCCGGAAAAUAUGAAGAUAGAACCAUGUAUGAGAGCUUGUUGGUUGCUAGGCCAGACUGUGAGGGGUAUGUGGGUACCACGAGGCUGGGCCAUGUGAGCUCUUCACAGCUAUGGAGCAGUUGUUGGAGAGGGGUGCACCCUGUUUGGCUGUUGCUUCUGAGAGUGGUUUCCUUUUUUGCGAUGGCCGGAUUCUUGGCCUGGGACGUCCUCAAAUGGGAUGCUACAAUCUUUGUUUAUUACACAGAGUGGACUUUUUCAUUAGUUAUAGUAUACUUUGCGCUCGGGAGCUGCAUGUCUGCUUAUGGAUGCUGGGUGUACUCCGUGAAACCACCUACUGAGAAUAGGGUUACAGAGGAUUUGGAAGAGAGUAGGUCAUCAACUGCUGUGAUAUUCAGGGCAAAAGAAAUCAGAGGCACCAUCAAGCUGCAAAGCCACUAUGACCAAGAGGCGAUUCAGCGGAGAGCAGGAUUGUUGGGAUAUCUUAUGCAAAUCGCGUAUCAGACUUGCGCCGGCGCGGUAAUCCUAACAGACAUUGUAUUUUGGUGUGUAAUAGUCCCAUUUCUGUCAAAUGCACACCUUGGACUGAACAUGUUGAUGGGAUGCAUGCAUACUAUGAAUGCGUUCUUCCUCCUCCUUGAUACCAGCCUCAAUAGCCUUCCAUUCCCAUGGUUCCGGUUGUCAUACUUUGUGCUCUGGAGCUGUAUCUAUGUUAUUUUCCAAUGGGUCAUCCACGCUUGUGGGUUUUCAUGGUGGCCAUACCCUUUCCUCGAGCUUUCAACACCAUGGGCACCUCUAUGGUAUUUCUGCUUGGCUGUUCUUCACAUCCCCUGUUAUGGACUCUUUGCACUGAUCAUGAAAGCAAAAAUUACAAUUUUUUCGAGAUUCUUCCCCCACGAGUUCAUCAGGGUUCAUUAGUUCCAGGUUGCUCUCGAAAUUGAGCGUCUGUUUAAGUUGAGACUUGUAUUGAUUUUGUUUGGUAUGCUUAUGUAUAUAAAGGAUGAAUGCUCGGGCAUUCCUUCCAUAAAUUAUGUGGUUGUUGAACAUCUUGCAGGCUUGAGCCAGUGCCCAAGCUUUUCCAUCAGAGCCUGAGGGAGGCUCUUCCCAACUGUUUCUCAACCUUUUUGUGGGUUAGCUAUAAAUACACAUUUUUUUGAACCCCCA